AUGGCGAAAGGAAAUUCCGGUAACGCGACUUGCUAUCUUGCGAUGACGUUGAGGGACGGAGCGGAAGGGGUGGAGCGCAAUGCGGUGCGUGCGGUGGAGCUGUUUGAGAUGGACAUCAAGGCACGGAAGCAGAGCAGGUCAAUGGUGUGUCUUGGAAACAUGAUGCGGGACGGGGCAGACGGGGUGGCCCGCGACACGGAUCGGGCGAUACAGUUGUACGAGAUGGCGGUCGAGGAAGACAACAACGCGGAGGCGGUAGCCUAACUUGCGGCGUUGCAGCGGGACAGAUGAGACGGCAGUACGCGGGACGAGGCUGAGUGAGAAGUUCUCACUCACCCUCGCCGUCACCCACGCCGCCUUCUCACCGAAGAAGGCGGGGGGCGGCAUGGAAGGCGAGGGCAGUGGCGGGGGAGGUACAGUACCACAUGCCACAUGGAUAGGCGGCGUAAUGUACACAUUUUUGGUGUAAUUGUUUUGGGUGUAAUUAUUAUUAUUAUAUAUGACAACAUUAACACGU